AUGUCUCUUACAGUUCACCAUCUCCAAGUCUCCCAAUCAGAACGCAUCCCCUGGUUGUGUGAAGAACUCAACAUCCCUUAUGAUCUCAAACUCUACAAACGCUCCCCUCUUCUCGCACCGCCAGAGUUCAAAGCCCUUCAUCCCAUGGGAGCUGCUCCCGUGAUCCAAGAUGGUCCUGUCACACUCGCAGAGAGUGCCGCGUGCAUCGAGUACCUUAGCAACAAGUACGCCAACGGAUCUCUCUUCCUGCGCCCAGACAACCCAGCCUAUGCCGACUUUCUCUACUGGUGGCACUUCCCUGCCGGUACUCUCGGACCGGCUCUGGGGCGCAUCAUGCUGAUCCGUUCCGCCAAGCUCGGAGAUGAUAACCCCGUUGUGCAGUUUGGAAAAGCAAAGUAUAGCCAAGCUUUGAAGCUGCUGGACGAAAGGGUCAAAGAAAAUGAGUGGCUUGCCGGAAAUGAGUUUACUGUCGCUGAUAUCAUGGUUGUGUUCCCCUUGACUACAAUGAGGUACUUUUCACCCUACAGCUUGGAGGAGUAUCCCAACAUUGUCAAGUACCUUGAGCGUAUCGCGGGCAGGGAAGCGUAUCAGAGAACGAUGGAAAAGAUUGAUCCUGGCAUGGAAUUGGCUAUUGGCGCGAACCCACCAAAGAGCCCUUUCAAGUUGUAG